GAACAAUCGCGGAGAAAGUUGACCAGCUCGUGAAAGAACACAAAGGCAUCCCACCUCAAGCGUCACCCUCGCUUUGUUCUUUUCUUUUUCUCUUUUUCUUGGAGUUUGUUUUCACUCUCUUUCGUUUUACUGCUUCCUUCUGCUUCUUCUUCCACAGCCGGCCAAGUCCAUCUGAAAUGACACAGGCAAACAGUCCCUAGAAACCCUCGACAUCGACAACCAUGUCUGGCUUCAUCUCCCUCUUGGGGUGGUCCUUUCUACCCCAGUUCGUCACCGGCUGGCUGCAAUCUGUCUACUACUCCCUCACCAUCCGCGCCGGAUCUCCUCGCCCACAACCAGGUAGCCCCCGCUACGUGACCCAUCGCCGCACGAUCCACGCCCUCGUCGUCGUCGCCUACCUCCUCUACACCCUCUACGAGGCCGACUACGACCUCCGCCGCCAGGGCAACUUCUACAGCGACCUGGGCCUCCCCAGCCUCGCCGCCGAGGACAAGGAGAUCAAGUCGCGUUUCCGCCGCCUCGCCACCAUCCACCACCCGGACAAGGCCGGCUCCUCCGGCGACGCGACGGCGGACCGCUUCAUCCACCUCAAGCUCGCCUCCGAGACCCUCCUCGACAGCGCCGCCCGUUUUGCCUACGACCGCUUCGGCCCCGAAAUCACCGCCUGGCGCCACGCCUCCACCGUGCGCGACUACGUCGCCCGCGGCGUCUUCCAGUCCACCCUACCCCACUACGGCGUCGCCGCCGUCUUCCUCUACGGCUUCGGCCUCCUCGGCUACCUCAACUGGGGGCGCUACUGGCGCUGGGUCCUCCUCGCCUCGCUCUGCGUCUUCGAGUGCCACGUCGUCACCCGCCCGCACCACCCCGCCGUCCUGACCGCCCUCAACGCCGCCGUCACCCCCCUUACGGGGAGGGCCCCGUACCUGCCCUUCCAGCUCAUCACCGUGGUGCGCAAGGCCAGUAUCGCGCUCUACAUCGCCUUCAACCAGCUGGGUCCUACGUUCGAGUACUGGUUCCGCAGCGUCGGCGGCGGGGGGCCCCCCGACGACGUCGGCGAGGAGACCCUCCUCCGCGGCUUGGAGCAGCUCGAUUCCAUGGUUCAGGGGCUGCAGUCCGACACGGUCAGGCUUUUUGACAGGGAGAUGGCGCCGUUCGCUGACGACCCUGACGCGCUGGGCAAGGUGCGGACCAAGGUGAAGGAUUGGCUUGUCCAGAACACCAUCCGCGCCGAUCCCAUGGUGCGAGAUGCCGUGGGAAACUCGGUCAGAAGACGAAGGACCGAUCCUGCUGCUGGGGACGACGGGAACUAGGCCGAGGCCGAAGAUGUGUUGCAAGAAUUGAAUAGAAUGGUUUCAACGAUUGAUACCCUAGAUAAUCCAUGAAUGCCCGAAAGGCUGGUAUAUAUGGGGCCUAGUCGAACACUGAAAUAGAAAGGAGUGAGAAGGCGUGAGCUGUUGAGAAAGAAGGCUCCCAGAAAUCAGCCGGUGCUGCCACCAAGAUAUAUUUCAAAGUCAUGCUAGAGGGAUGUCAAAAACCGGUAGUGUACAUAGUAUAUCCUGUGAUUCUCAUAGUCCCCGAUGAGGGAAGGGAGGCCACCCGAAGCCUAUAAUAUCCCGAACCAACGCCGUUAUGCAGAAACCCAUUUAAUACCGCUAAUGGGAUAUCCAAUUCUGCCCCCACCGGAUGUAUUGUAUGCCACAGAUUGUUCUCUUUCAAUAUCAUGAAAAAAAAGAAGAAGAAAU